AUGUCUAUUCGGCAAGAGUUGGUGAAAUCGGCAGUGGACUUUCUUAAUGAUCCGAAAGUGCAAAGUUCCCCGCUGCAAAAACGAGUCGCAUUCUUGGAACGUAAGGGCCUAACGUCAAACGAGAUUGAGGAAGCAAUAAAACAAGCGAAAGGUGGUGGUGGUGAAUUGCCUACUGCUGCAGUGCCCUCCCAAGUACAGACCCUUCCAGUCUCUGCGCAAGUAGCUCUUGCACCACCACCUCCAGUUCCAAGGUUGGACUGGCGUGAUUUCUUCAUUGGUGCCGUUCUCAUCGGUGGAAUUGGUUACGCUAUGGUCGAAGUCGCAAAGAAAUACAUUGGUCCUCUCUUGAAAACACCUACAGCCGAUGAACUGGAACGUGACAAGCAAUUUCUCUCCGAUCAAUUCACCAUAGCUUCCGAAACACUGGAUAUUGUUAAAGCUGAUACCAAUGUGGCGAGGAAAAACAUUGAUGAGCAAUCAUCCAGAAUUAAAGAGACAUUAGAAACAUUAGAUAAUCUGCUGAAAGAUAUGAAGGUUCAGGAAGAAAAAAGGGAUAAUGAUCUGAAAAUUUUAAAGGAAGAUGUCGAUGCGAUUCGAAAUUUAAUCCCAAAGCUAAUCGAAGGAACAAAAGAAUCACAAGCUCAGUCUUUGGCUGAGUUACAAAGUGAACUGAAGUCAUUAAAAUCUCUUCUCUCCAAUCGACGUAUUUCCACUGGAUCACCUAUAACCGAAGCAUUAACGUCAGCCUCAACACCUGCAACGACCAAUGCGACAUCCCCAACCAUAUCACCCACUCUACCUUUUUCAUCCACGGCGCCCGGUCGUCCGUCAAUUCCGGCCUGGCAAAUGGGUACGAACAUCUCCACCGCAGCCAAGGUUCCGGUGGAACAAAAUCCAAGUGAACAAAAUGGAACCGCCACAUCAAACGGCGUUGAAAACAAUGUUUCACAGUAA